AUGUUUACCAAGUCAGCCACGCCAGCCACACCUGUUACGAGGCCCAAGUCACACAUCAACGAGUCGGUGAGAUGGGUUAAGGAGUGGUAUAGUCCGUUGGAGUACUCAACUGGAGCAGCACCAAAUUUGAAGUUGAAAGGAUGGGUGAAAAAGACUGGCGGAGACCAGGACGAUGCCAUAGCAAUUAGUAGCGACGUGUUGAACUUGGAGAAGGCAAAAUAUUUGAAGGAGCCGGUGGUUUCUGAGGAGGUUGUGGAGGAGAAGCCAGUGGAUGAGAAUGCUAACUCGGAUUUGAAGCUGGCGUUGUCCAUGGACAAGAAAGAGGACCAGAUUUCAUCGUUGUCUGGAUUGGGAAUGUGA